GCAACUCGGGGAAGAGGUUUUAAACUUCACCGACUGAGAAAGCUGUGCAUUGUUGUCCCCUCUGUCUUUCAGGGUUUGUUCAAUAAGUUUCUGCCGUUUACCGGAGGAGCCGUUGUAGCGGAAAGGAAGCCAAGAUGAUGUGCCCAUGGCAAUUUCUAAUGAAACCCAAGUACAAGGGAAAGUAUGAGACCGGUGCCACGACGGAUCUUAACAACAACGAGGAAAAAAGCCUCAGCAAUGGGUUCAUCCACGAUUUGAAGGACAAGUCUCCCCCUGAGCAGCAUGACAUCAAAGAGAUCACAACGGCCGGGCGCUGUCCUUACGCACCCAAGUUUGUGAGAUUGUACAACAUGGAAAAUGGAGCGAUGCUGCAGGAUACUCUCCACCAGAAGGCUGUAUCGAAAAUGCCGUGCCAGUCGAACGCAUGCAGAGGGUCUCUCAUGACCCCGAAAGCAAUGACUCGAGGACCUCGCGAUAAACCUGUCUCUCCUGAGGAGCUCCUGCCGCAAGCUUUGGAGUUCGUUAACCAGUACUACCAAUCCUUCAAAAGCCCCAGAACCGAAGAGCAUCUGGCGCGCAUUGAGCAGGUGACACAAAGCAUCACCGACACGGGCACCUACGAUCUGACCAUGGACGAGCUGGUAUUCGCCUGCAAGCAAGCUUGGCGGAACGCUCCUCGGUGCAUCGGCCGUAUCCAGUGGAACAAUCUUCAGGUGUUUGACGCCCGCAAGUGCACCACCGCGAAGGAGAUGUUCGAGCACAUGCGCCGGCAUUACGAGUACGCGACCAACGAUGGCAACUUGAGAUCGACCAUCACCGUCUUCCCUCAGAGGGGCGAUGGAAAGCACGACUUCAGGAUAUGGAACAGCCAGUUAAUCAAAUACGCCGGGUAUCAGAUGCCAGAUGGCACCAUCAUUGGCGAUCCGGCUGGAGUUAAUUUCACAGAGGUGUGCAUAAAACUGGGCUGGACACCUCGCUACGGUCGCUUUGAUGUGCUUCCAUUAGUGUUACAGGCCAAUGGUCAAGAUCCCGAAAUCUUCGAAAUUCCACCAGAAAUGGUUCUUGAAGUGGAGCUCGAGCAUCCAACAUAUGAGUGGUUUAAGGACCUAAACCUCAAAUGGUAUGCUCUUCCUGCCGUGGCCAACAUGUUGCUUGAAGUUGGAGGACUGGAGUUUCCCGGAUGCCCUUUUAACGGCUGGUACAUGAGUUCCGAGAUUGGUGUUCGCGACCUCUGUGAUGUUCAGCGCUACAACGUGUUGGAGGAGGUGGGGAAGAAAAUGGGAUUGGAGGUAAAUAAGUUAUCAUCUCUGUGGAAGGACAAGGCUGUGGUGGAGAUUAACGUCGCUGUGCUCCACAGUUUCCAGAAAAAGAAUGUCACCAUCAUGGACCACCACACUGCCUCCCAGUCCUUCAUGAAACAUUUGGAGAACGAGUUCCGGCUAAGAGGAGGUUGCCCUGGAGACUGGGUCUGGCUGGUGCCACCAAUGUCCGGAAGCAUCACGCAGGUGUUCCACCAGGAGAUCCUGAAUUACAUCCUCAGUCCUUUCUUCUAUUAUCAGAUUGAUGCUUGGAAAACACACGAGUGGAAAGAUGAGAGACUGAAACCAAAGAAGAAUGAGAUCAAAUUCAAACAUUUAGCAACGGCGGCACUAUUCUCUUCUGUUCUGAUGAAGAAGACCAUGGCCAAGAGAACAAAAGCAACAAUUCUCUACGCCACCGAAACGGGAAAAUCUGAAACCUUUGCCAAACGGCUGUCCACACUGUUCAACGGUGCUUUCAAUGCCAAGGUUGUCUGCAUGGAUGACUACGAUAUGAAUGAUCUAGGCAAGGAGUCUCUGGUCUUGGUGGUCACCAGCACCUUUGGAAAUGGAGAUUCACCUGGAAAUGGAGAGAUAUUUAAGAAAGCCUUGUUCACCAAGAAGCUGUUGAAAGCAUACAAAUUCAGGUACUCCAUCUUUGGCCUAGGUUCUCGCAUGUACCCACAGUUCUGUGCUUUCGCCCACACACUUGAUAAGAAGCUGGAACAACUCGGGGCCAUCCGCUUGACAUCGACAGGAGAAGGAGAUGAGCUUGGCGGCCAAGAGGAGUCCUUUGUGGAUUGGGCCAUUAGCACGUUCAAGAUGGCAUGCAAAGUCUUCAAUGUGCGGGGUAAGGUGGAGCUUGGGCAGUUCAAGGAGGCCGCUAAAAGCAGCGUGUGGGACCCCAGCCGCUACCGAUUCGUAAUGGAGUCCAGCUCACUGGAUCUAUGUUCAGUUAUCUCCAAAAUGCAAGGGAAGAAAAUUCUGCCGAUGAAGUUAAAAUCAAGGAAGAACCUUCAGAGCUCAGAAUCCAGCCGUUCUACCAUCCUGGUUGAGCUGACGUGCGAGGAUCCCAAUAACCUGCAGUACCUGCCCGGGGAGCAUGUUGGAGUUUUCCCUCGCAAUCAGGAGGCCCUCGUCAGCAACCUGAUGAAGAGGCUGAAGGAGAUGCCAACUCCACAUCAGUGUGUCCAAGUGGAGGUCAAUAAUGGCAACAGUGCCAAAGACUGGAAAGCUGAUGAAAGGAUCCCAGCGUGCACUCUCGAAGAGGCAUUUACCCAUUUCUUGGACAUCACCAGUCCACCUUCUCAACACCUCCUAAAGAAGUUUGCCCAGCUGGCGAAAGACGAAUCGGAGAAGAAUCGAAUACUGGAACUGAGUCAGAAUUCCCAGGAGUAUGACAAAUGGAGGUCCUUCUACAGCCCCAACAUCCUCGAAUUCUUAGAGGAAUUUCAGUCCAUCCAUUGCCCUGCCAUGUUCCUCUUCACUCAGUUAAUGUUGCUGAAGCCCAGAUAUUACUCCAUCAGUUCUUCAUUAGAUAUGAACCCAGGAGAGGUCCACCUGACUGUUGCGGUUGUGAACUACAAGACUAGAGAUGGACAGGGCCCUAUGCAUCAUGGUGUCUGCAGUACCUGGCUCAACAACGUCAAGAAAGAUGAUGUGAUCCCAUGUUAUGUGCGAAGCACUGCGGGAUUCCAUCUUCCAAAGAACCAGUCGAAGCCCUGUAUACUGGUGGGCCCAGGAACGGGAAUCGCUCCCUUCAGAAGCUUCUGGCAGCAGCGGCAGCAUGACUUCGAGAAAAAAGGAAUCAAAGGCGGAUCCAUGACUUUGGUGUUUGGAUGCAGAGAGUCACAAAAGGAUCACAUUUAUAAGGAGGAAACGCUGGAGCUUAAGGCCAAAGGCAUCCUGGAAGGUGUUUACACAGCUUUCUCCAGGGAGCCGGGUAUGAAAAAGACUUACGUGCAAGAUAUUCUUCGGGAAAAGCUGGCAGCUGAAGUCUACAGGGUACUGCACGAAGAGAAGGGCGAUAUCUACAUCUGCGGCGAGAUCAAGAUGGCACAGGAUGUCACCGACACCCUGAAGGCCAUCGUCGCCCAGCAGGGAAACAUGGACAUCGAGGAUGCUGAUGUAUUCCUCACAGAGUUGAAGAACCAGAAGCGUUAUCACGAAGACAUCUUUGGGGCAACGUUUCAGAAAUGAUGACACAAUGGCACAACUGACGCCAGAGACGAGUCUGUCACAAACAUUAUCAAUGAGGGAAAAGACUCGAUGACAGUGGAGGUUCUUCGUGCUGCUUUUUUGUACUCCAGAUGUCUGCUUGCUACUCUAAGGACCAAAAAGGACCUCGUUUCCACUGUGAUACAUAGCCUUCAACUUCACACCCACAUCUACAAGCAUAAGUGGAAAUCAAAAGAGAUUCAAAACAGUCCUUUGCACUUAAAUAUGAAACUUGUUGCAAUCUUCUUUAAUAACUGAACAGUUAAAUAGGACAAAGGUCGAAAUGGAGAUUUUUCAUGCACUUUAUUAAAACCCCUAUGCAACUUCAUUCUAUGUUGGAUGUAAAUAGCAGCUGGCUGCUGAGUGUAAUAAUUGAUGUAUAGCAGUAAAUUAUCAAUUUUAAUAAAGCACU